AUGGCUGAUCGGAGACGAGUGAAUGGUCCUUCGGGCGCAACAUUGGCCCCCGUUUACGACGAUGAAGAUGUGCUCUCUACCCAAAGAACGCGGCCCGAGAAUGGCAUCAGAGCUAUCUACUUGAAGACCGGCGUUACGCCUUCUGCAUCUGGCUCUGCAUACCUGGAGUUUGAACCUAGGGAGGGCUCUUCAGGCUCUGGCAUGAAGCUUACCUGCACAGUGCAUGGCCCAAGAUCACUGCCACGAUCAGCCCCGUUCUCGCCUCACAUGGUUCUAUCAACACAUGUCAAGUAUGCGCCGUUUGCGACGAAGCAACGGCGAGGCUACUUGCGCGACUCCAGUGAACGGGAUCUCAGCACACAUCUCGAGACCGCCCUCCGUGGUGCUCUGAUCGCCGAUCGCUGGCCCAAGAGUGGUGUUGACGUUAUUGUUACUAUUAUUGAGGGUGAGCUUACCCGCCAAGCUGCACAGGAUCAAGGGAUUGAGAGUUGGGAAAUGAUGAACGUCUUGAGCGGCUGCAUUACUGUGGCCUCGGCGGCCAUUGCUGAUGCUGGCAUCGACUGCGUCGACACGGUGGCUGGUGGCGUUGCGGCCAUGGUACUGAAGGACAAAGAUGGCGACGCUUCCAUUGUACUUGAUCCCGUGCCGUCCGAGCAUGGCCAAGUAUUGGCAGCCUGUUGCGUGGCAUAUCUGCCUUCACGAGACGAGAUCACGAAUCUCUGGUUUAAGGGUCGCCUACAAUCGUCAAACACAGAGUCACAGCGGCAACUGGUAUCAAGGGCGGUUCACGCAAGCAAGGGCACGUGCCAGGCUAUCGCCACGUCGCUGAGUGAGGCUAUGAAGGCUUGA